AUGGAGACGAGACAGAGAGACGCGACAGAGGUGGUGAAAACCAUUAGCGGGUAUGUGACUCAUGUCUUGGUUGUGGCAAGUUUUGAUGGUGGUGGUGGAGCCAAGACAGAUAAGGAUAAGUGUGGUGUUAUCUUGGACAUCUUAAAGAGUUAUGAGGUGGUGUCGGGACAGAAAAUAAAUUUUGACAAGUCUUCGGUUCAGUUUGGGAACACAAUCGAUGAAGGGGUGAAGAGUAAGGUGCAGCAGGUCCUUGGAAUAACAAACCUAGGAGGGAUGGGUUCUUAUCUAGGGUUACAUGAGACUUUAGGAGGGUCAAAGACGAAAGUUGUCUCCUUUGUUCGGGAUAGACUUCAGAGCCGCACAAAUGGUUGGACAGCAAAACAGCUUUUCCGAGGAGGAAAAGAAGUGAUGAUAAAGUCCGUUGCUACUGCAGUACCGACUUUUGUUAUGUCAUGUUUUUUGUUGCCAAAAACGGUCACGUCCAAACUCACUAGUGCAGUGGCGAAGUUUUGGUGGAGUUCAGGCCAAUCUGGGGGGAUACAUUGGUUAGCCUGGGAGAAGUUAUGUGCUUUGUUGGCUAAACAAUUGUGGCGCCUGAUAGAGGCACCAAAGUCUCUUUUCGCUCAGGUUUUCAAAGGCAGGUAUUACCGGAAUUUGAAUCCUAUGGAUCUGAUACGAUCAUACUCUCCAUCUUAUGGGUGGCGGAGUAUAGUUUCAGCUAGAUCUUUGGUACACAAAGGGCUUAUUAAAUGGGUUGGUUCUGGAGACUCCAUUUCUAUAUGGACUGAUCCAUGGAUACCGGCUCAAUCCCCAAGACCAGCGUUGUGCAAGGGACCUUUUAAGGACCUUUCUUUAAAAAUUUCUCAUUUAACGGAUCGCCAGAAAAAUUCUUGGCGUAUGGAUAUGCUCCAUGAGCAUUUUUUUCCGGACGAUGUUACAUUGAUAGUGGCUUUACCACUGGGUAGCUCUCAGUCGGAAGACUCACUAGGUUGGCAUUUUACGAAAACCGGGAAAUAUACAGUGAAAUCAGGGUAUGAUACGGAACGCUUAGCGAAACAACAGACUUCUCAGGUCAUUCGGUAUGGGCCUGAUAUUACUCCUCUUCUAGCGGGAGUGUGGAGGAGAGGUAUUGAUUGUGAUUCUGGCUGUGCAAGAUGCGGGGAUGAUAAAGAAACAAUCAAUCAUGCUAUUUUUCGGUGUCCACCAGCACGUCAGGUCUGGGCUCUAGCUCAGAUAGCAGCUUUCCCUUGGAUUAUGUGGUAUAUAUGGAAGGCGAGGAAUGCUAGAGUUUUUGAGAAUCAAAUGGAAAAACCGGACGAUGUCGUAAGGGUAGCGUUAGGGGAGGCGUCUACGUGGUUACAAGCACAGACCAAGGUUGUGGAUGAGGAAUCUUUCACCAUUCCAAGUGCCUUUGGAGCGUCGGUGUCGGGGGGCAUAAGACACCUUCAUGGUGUCUUUCCCAGGUAUCGGUGUUUUGUAGAUGGUUCGUGGAAAGCAGGUGAUGCCUUUGCAGGUGCAGGGUGGACGUGUUCGUCCUCUUUGGACGCAAUGACGACGAGGGGAGCCGCCAAUUUCCGACGAAGUCUUUACCCAUUACAUGCUGAAGUCGAAGCCUUUGUCUGGGCGAUGCGGUGCAUGAUUGGACAUAACUAUCGGGAUGUGGCUUCUUAUACAGAUUGCUCAUACUUGGUGAAGAUGGCGUCUUCUCCUCAAGACUGGUCGGCCUUCAAGACCUACCUCGACAAUAUCAAGACAGACAAGGAAGAGUUUUCCUCUUUUUCUUUGUCUCUAAUUUCAAGAAAUGAAAAUGUAAGUGCAGAUUCACUGGCACGCCAAGCGCGUACGUAUCCAUCUCAUGCUUUGUUUGUAGAUUAUUUUCCUCCUGAUUGGCUUAUAUGA